AUGGACACUUGGCCCGUUACCCUAGUAUCUGGCCACUGGGGCGAGGCCGUAGUGAACUCUGGCCCUCUCGUUGCCAUUCCAGGGGAAGGUGAGCAGCGGGAGGUCCCCUCAUUCUACUCUGUCUCCGACAGUGAGAUCAGGAGCAUCUCUGAGGCGCUGUACUCUGCCGACGUGAACAAGGCCACCAGCAGCGAGAUCAUCCUCAACCUGCAGCACAAGAUCUCCUCUGACCAGACCAGUGCAGGCCAAGACUACGCCAAGCAGAAGCUCUUCAGCUACGUGGACGAGGAUGCCCUCUUCUCCAAGCCCACCUUUGCCAGGCUCUUGGCUCUGCUGAAUAACUACGAACGCAUGACGGGCAAGGAGGAGGUGGUGACCGACUCCGAGAGACAGGAGGUGGACGCUUUCCUGGAUGAAAUCUUCAAGACCGGGGUGAUGGAGAAACUGAGCCAGUUCUUUCUUUCUAAAGGUAUCUAUUUGUCGGAGAGUGACUUCAAGGCAGACCUGAAGGAGAUGUGGUUCGGGCUCUACUCACGCUCGAAGGGAGCGGCCAUGGACUCCUCUGGCUUCGAACACGUCUUCCACGGGGAAAUCAAGAGCGGGAAAGUCUCAGGCUUUCACAACUGGGUCCAUUACUACGAGCUGGAGAAGAACGGGGAGAUCAAUUACCUGAGCUACAGCUACAAUGGGCCUUGGACCAGCUACCCUGACAUCAUGGCUUUCCAGUACAGCUGGACGGGUUACCUGAAGAGCGUCGGCUCCUUCUUCAUCGGCUCCAGCCCCGAGUUUGAACUGGCCGUGUACACACUGUGCUACAAAACCAGGCCCAACAAGCUGUGCACGCUCAGCCUCGACGGGAAAUCGGCUCAGAUUCAGACCUACUCCUGGGCCAACUCGGAGUACGGAGAGGGCAAACGGUACCUCGCCUCCUCGUACCCCAACUCCCCCUGAGCCCCCCCCCCUCCACUCAGCACCACGACA